UUGAUAGAUUUCUGAUAUGAUUUUGUAUUUAAUAAUAUUUUGAAUUAAGUACAUAAUCACUAUUUAAUUAACAUAAUUAAAAAUGCAAAAUAAUUAAACCGAUGAGUUUUACCUCAGAUAUUAUGUUGGACAUAAGGGUGUGUAUGGGCAUGAAUUCCUGGAGUUUGAAUUCAGAAGUGAUGGAAGAUUACGUUAUGCAAAUAAUUCUAACUAUAAAUCAGAUGUUUUAAUCAGAAAGGAGUGUUAUGUUUCUGAGUCAGUGAUUUCAGAGUUCAAAAGAAUAAUUGAAGAAUCAGAAAUAAUAAAAGAAAACGAUUCAAAAUGGCCAGCUCCAGAUAAAAUCGGAAGAUAGGAAUUGGAAAUUAAAUUAGGAAAUGCACACAUUUCAUUUACUACAUCAAAACUCGGAUCAAUACAUGAUGUAUAAAGCAGUUAAGACCCAGAUGGCUUAAGAGUUUUCUUUUACUUGAUCCAGGAUUUGAAAUGCUUUGUGUUUUCAUUAAUAGGACUUCAUUUUAGAAUUAAACCUGUGAAUUGAAUAAUUGUUAUAUGUUAAUUAUAUUUAU